UUAUUUCCCAAACCCUAUAAUUCUCCUUAUAACCAAACCGAGCCUAAGUAUUGAACACUAACAUUUCUCCAACAUAUAUGAAAAAAUAAAAACACAAGCCCAGGAAAUAAAGCCCAGUAGAGAUGCUAAGCCCAUCUAGGAUAGAUGAUGCGAGGCGAAGAAAAUAAGCGGCGGCUGGAGCCUUUGCAGGAGAGAAGGAGAAGAAGAUCUGGAAAUGGGGAAUUCAGAAUUUGGGAUUGUUUCUGAGGAGGGGGAAAAGGUUGGGAAUGGUGAUGGUGGUGGUUAUUGGUGGGGGAUCGCAAGCUCGACCCAGCUGGCGGCAGCAGUGGCUUCUUACCGAAAGGGUUACGGCGGAGACUCAUGCUUCAUGCCUUUCAAAGCCUUUGUUGUUGCUUCCCUCUUCGUCGGUGCUGGCGCCACCGCAGUCUUCGGACUCCUCCGCGUCUCCGGCAUCCGAGAGGUGAAAGAUCUGAAGAAAGUAGGCGCAAACAUAAGGAGUGGCCUAGGGGUUCCACCAAGACAAUCCUAAUGUAAGGGUGUCAAUUGGUUCGAUUUUUUGGUUCAGUUUUGAUUGAAUUUAUAUUUUGCAAGAUGGGAUCAAAAUAGACCGGAUAAAAAUCAGUCAAAAUCAAAAUCAUUUUGCAGCAGAUCCUAUUUAUUAGUUUAUAUUCGGUUUUUGUUAUCAAGUUUACAAUGGGAUUUACAUGUGAUUUGUGGUGGUGUUGUUUCACAUUCGAUUUCACUUUUGUACCAUUCAAUUCUAUUUAUAUAUUGUAGAUGUGACUUUAGAGACUUUUUCACAUUCCACAAAAAAGUUAGGGAUUUUGGAUAA